CCGCUUCCGGUUCUGACGGAUGCUCCGGCCGUAACGAUGAUCGGGGACAUCCUGCUGUUCGGGACGCUGCUGAUGAAUGCCGGGGCGGUGCUCAACUUUAAGCUGAAGAAGAAGGACACGCAGGGCUUUGGGGAGGAGUCGAGGGAGCCCAGCACAGGUGACAACAUCCGGGAGUUCUUGCUGAGCCUCAGAUACUUUCGGAUCUUCAUUGCCCUGUGGAAUGUUUUCAUGAUGUUCUGCAUGAUCGUGCUGUUUGGCUCUUGAGCCCCAAACACGGAACCAGGAACUCGCUGUCCCAGAUGCUGCUGAGUCUCUGUUCCUCCACUCCUGAUGAAUUCAAGAAUGUUUUUGACCAGAAAACCGGUGAACUUCCCAGAAAGCCCAAGCUCAUGGUGGGUGAAAAAAUGUUCGCCAAGAUGUAUAUGGUUUCCCAGCCACGUCACUGUUUGCAAAGAUACUUUCACCAUGGUCUCUGAAUUGUAAUGCUGUCUACUUAAGGGGUUUCUGGAAGGUUUAUACGAGGGGCUGUGAUACAACUGCAUUCCCCAUAGAUAAAAGAACAUGUCUAUAUCAUUUCAUCGUAUUGGAAUCCCUCUACCAGCCUUUCACAAGUAACCUGCUUCUGGAUAUUUCUUGGUUUAUUUUUAAUAACCAUCCUUUUGGUUGGAAUCAUACAGAUUUAAGAAAAUCAUUUUUAUACUGGGAUCUGAACAGAAGGGUUGGCUCUGAAGCUUGACACAGCCUCUGUUUUGGACAGUGUUUAUCAAUAACAAGCAAGUUCAGUAUUACUUGCUGGGUCUUACCAGUUCUAUGGCCAGUUUGUGGUCUUGUGUCCAGAUUCCUCCCCAAUCCUGACAGGGUCUUCUCAGCAACUGGGCACAGCUGAGUUCAUCUCCAGGACUUUAAGGAGUGGGUCACUGGUAACAGGGACACUGACCUUUCUGUUUAAACACUAAACUGUUAGCAACAGGGAUGAGAUAGGUCCAGUAAUAUUAUUGGUUUCUACAGAAGAGGGGCAAGGAACAGUUGGCAGGGGUGUGAGAAGAAAGUUUGCUUUGCCUUGAAGCCCUUUGUUAAAUAAAGUAACUUUGGUGGCCAUUGAUUG